AUGUUCGCCGGACCCCAAGAACAUCUCUCCGAAAAGGAAAUCCGCGAAGGUGAAGCCAAAGCUGCGGUUGGGGUGCAGACUUUCACCGCUGCAUGCAUAGCAUUAUGGUUCUCACCUCAUGUGAUUGAAUGGGCUCGAAAGUUGUUCUAG